CUUCCAAAGGCAGACGGGCCGAGGCCUCCUGUGUGCCUGGGAGGCGGGGUCUUGGAGGGAGGCACUGGCGCUGGUGGAGGCCCGCGGGCGUUUUGCGGGGACUUGCGGAGACGGCAUCCGUCGUCCAAGCCAGCAUCCAACCGACGGCGCCCCUUCACCCGGGCCCCAGGUUUUUGCACUCGUUGCGUUUCCUCCCCCCCCCCCAGAUGGGGCGCCCCCGCUGUGGUCUCAGUUGUGUGAAAUUCUUUCACGCCACCCUCUUCCCUGCUCCGCCUUUCACCCAUUCAUUCAUGGGGAUUUGUCGAAUGCUCACUCCAGGUGCUGAGCAGAAAAACCUGGGUCCCGGAGUGUGAAAAGCGAUCUUUAAUUACUGUAAAGAGGAAAUGAUUUGGUGAUGGAGUGCUCCCACUGACUCAUGGACUCAAAUAAGAGAAGCUCAACAGAGGCAGAAGGAUCCAAAGAAAGAGGCCUGGUCCGUGUCUGGCAGGCAGGAUCCUGUUCUGUGACACCAGAGAGACUGCCAGGCUGGGGAGAAAAGACAGUUCUUCAGGCAGCCCUCGGAGUGAAACACGGAGUUCUUCUGACUGAAGAUGGUGCAGUCUACAGCUUUGGGAAUCUUCCCUGGAGAAGUGAACCAGCAGAAAUUUGUCCAAGUAGCCCCAUUCUAGAAAAUGCCCUGGUUGGGCAAUAUGCUGUUACUGUGGCAGCAGGGAGUUUCCACAGUGGAGCAGUGACAGAAGGCGGCGUAGUGUACAUGUGGGGAGAGAACUCCGCUGGCCAGUGUGCAGUAGCUAACCAGCCGUAUGUUCCAGAACCUAAUCCUGUCAGCAUUUCUGAUUCUGAGGGCAGUCCCUUGUUAGCAGUCAGGAUUUUGCAGUUGGCAUGUGGCGAGGAGCACACUCUGGCGUUGUCAAUAAGCAGAGAGAUUUGGGCAUGGGGUACCGGCUGUCAGUUGGGCCUCAUUACCACUACCUUCCCCGUGACAAAGCCGCAAAAGGUGGAACAUCUUGCUGGGCGUGUAGUGCUACAAGUUGCCUGUGGCGCGUUCCACAGCUUAGCGCUUGUACAAUGCCUCCCUUCCCAGGAUCUGAAGCCAGUCCCAGAAAGAUGCAACCAGUGCAGCCAGCUCCUAAUUACCAUGACUGACAAAGAGGACCAUGUGAUUAUAUCAGACAGUCAUUGUUGCCCAUUAGGUGUGACCCUGUCAGAAUCCCAGGCAGAAAACCAGCCAAGCACUGCCAUCAGCGCCCCCACUGAAACCCUUGACAGCCAAGGAGAAGUAUUUGAGAAUGCUCUUGUAGAAAAUGAUCUGCCUGUAGCUACCAAAGGGAGUGUGGAAAAUGUUCAGACCACAAGAGGCGAUGCCAUCUCCUCCCAACUAGACAUCAUGGGAACAACGGAAGUGUCUUCUGCUAGAAAUGUACCAUCAUACCCCAACUGUCAGGCAGUAAAUGAGUACAUGCAGAAACUGACAGAUCAGUCGAAAGGGGAGAACUCAGAGGACAGUGAAAAACCAGUGCCAUCUCAGCCUCUUGUAGAAGAAGCAAUUCCCAGUCUUCACAGCCCACCAACCACAAGCACUUCAGCCCUAAACAGCCUGGUGGUCUCAUGUGCGUCUGCUGUUGGUGUGCGAGUGGCUGCUACAUAUGAAGCUGGGGCCUUGUCUCUUAAGAAAGUUAUGAACUUUUAUAAUACAGCCCCUUGUGAACCUGGAGCUCAGGCAGGCAGUGGUUCCAUAGGACCAGAAGGUCUGAAGGAUAGCAGAGAAGAACAGGUUAAACAGGAAUCAAUGCAAGGAAAGAAAAGUUCCAGUCUUGUGGAUAUCAGAGAAGAAGAAUCAGAGGGAGGCAGCCGAAGACUCUCCCUCCCUGGAUUGCUGUCACAAGUUUCCCCCAGGCUGCUAAGAAAAGCUGCACGGGUGAAAACACGGACAGUGGUUCUAACUCCUACCUACAGUGGAGAAGCAGAUGCACUCCUGCCUUCUCUGAGAACAGAGGUGUGGACUUGGGGAAAAGGGAAGGAAGGGCAGCUGGGCCAUGGCGAUGUUCUGCCUCGGCUUCAACCAUUGUGUGUGAAAUGUCUGGAUGGGAAAGAAGUAAUCCAUCUGGAGGCAGGUGGUUACCAUUCUCUUGCACUUACUGCAAAAUCCCAGGUUUACUCAUGGGGUAGCAAUACCUUUGGUCAACUUGGGCAUUCCGAUUUUCCAACAACAGUCCCUCGUCUUGCAAAGGUAAACGGUAAAAAUGGAGUCUGGAGUGUAGCUGCAGGCCAGGAUUAUUCCCUGUUUUUGGUGGAUACGGAAGACUUCCAGCCUGGGUUAUAUUACAGUGGCCGACAGGACCCUGCAGGAGGUGACAACCUUCCUGAGAAUCACAGUGGUACUAAGACUCCAGUACUUCUCUCCUGUAGUAAGCUUGGAUAUAUAAGUAGAGUGACAGCAGGAAAAGACAGCUAUCUGGCCUUGGUGGACAAGAACAUUAUGGGAUAUAUUGCCAGUCUCCACGAAUUGGCUACUACAGAAAGACGGUUUUAUUCAAAACUUAGUGAUAUCAAAUCUCAGAUUCUCAGGCCUCUUCUCAGUUUAGAAAAUUUGGGCACUGCAAGUACUGUCCAGCUGUUGCAGGAGGUGGCAAGCCGAUUCAGUAAGCUAUGUUACCUAAUUGGUCAGCAUGGAGCCUCACUGAGCAGCUUCCUUCAUGGGAUAAAGGAAGCCAGGAGCUUGGUCAUUCUGAAGCAUGCAAGUCUCUUCUUGGAUAGUUACACAGAGUAUUGUACAUCUAUUACAAAUUUCCUGGUUAUGGGAGGAUUCCAACUUCUUGCUAAGCCUGCCAUUGAUUUCCUAAAUAAAAACCAGGAGCUGUUGCAAGAUUUAUCAGAAGUGACUGACGAAAACAUGCAGUUGAUAGAAAUACUGAAUACUUUGUUUUUCUUGCCAACCAGACGACUUCAUAAUUACGCAGAAGUUCUGCUGAAGCUUGCUACUUGUUUUGAAGUGACAUCUCCAGAAUACCAGAAACUGCAGGAUUCCAGUUCUUGUUAUGAGUCUCUUGCUCUCCAUCUCGGCAGGAAAAGGAAGGAAGCAGAAUACACACUGGGCUUCUGGAAGACCUUUCCUGGAAAAAUGACGGAUUCCUUAAGGAAGCCAGAGCGUCGACUGCUGUGUGAGAGCAGUAACCGAGCCCUCUCUCUGCAGCAUGCCGGGAGGUUCUCUGUGAACUGGUUCAUUCUCUUUAACGAUGCCCUGGUCCAUGCCCAGUUCUCCACGCACCAUGUUUUCCCUUUGGCCACACUAUGGGCAGAGCCACUUUCUGAAGAAGCCGGUGGUGUGAAUGGCUUAAAGAUAACUACACCUGAGGAGCAGUUCACUCUCAUUUCAUCAACACCCCAGGAAAAGACUAAAUGGCUACGGGCUAUAAGCCAAGCUGUGGAUCAGGCUUUGAGGGGGUCAUCUGAUCUUCCACCUUAUGGAGGCGGCAGCAGCAUUCAGAGGCAGGAACCACCCAUUUCUCGAAGUGCUAAAUACACUUUCUACAAGGAUCCUCGCCUGAAGGACGCAAGCUAUGAUGGACGUUGGUUUUCAGGGAAGCCUCACGGCAGAGGGGUUUUGAAGUGGCCAGAUGGCAAGACGUACUCUGGCACGUUCAGGAGUGGCUUGGAAGAUGGGUAUGGAGAAUACCGAGUCCCAAACAAAGCACUAAACAAAGAAGACCAUUAUGUGGGCCAUUGGAAAGAAGGAAAAAUGUGUGGUCAGGGAAUCUAUAGUUAUGCCUCUGGCGAAGUGUUUGAGGGAUGUUUUCAAGAUAACAUGCGUCACGGUCAUGGUCUUUUACGAAGUGGAAAAUUGACUUCCUCUUCUCCCAGUAUGUUCAUUGGCCAAUGGGUAAUGGAUAAGAAAGCAGGAUAUGGUGUCUUUGAUGAUAUCACAAGGGGGGAGAAGUAUAUGGGAAUGUGGCAAGAUGAUGUGUGUCAAGGGAAUGGUGUCGUAGUUACCCAGUUUGGAUUAUACUAUGAAGGCAACUUUCACCUUAAUAAGAUGAUGGGAAAUGGGAUUUUACUUUCUGAAGAUGAUACCAUCUAUGAGGGAGAAUUUUCAGAUGACUGGACUCUUAGUGGAAAGGGAACACUAACUAUGCCGAAUGGAGAUUACAUUGAAGGCUGUUUUAGUGGAGAAUGGGGAUCUGGGAUAAAAAUCACUGGAACCUACUUUAAGCCUAGUCUGUAUGAGAGCGAUAAAGACAGACCCAAAGUUUUCAGGAAGCUGGGAAAUCUGGCAGUGCCUCCUGACGAGAAGUGGAAAGCAGUAUUCGAUGAAUGUUGGCAUCAGCUGGGCUGUGAAAACCCAGGCCAAGGGGAGGUUUGGAAAGCAUGGGAAAAUAUUGCGGUGGCCCUGACUGCCAGUCGGCGCCAGCACAGAGACAGUCCAGAGAUACUAAGUCGUUCACAGACUCAGACACUGGAGAGUUUGGAAUUCAUCCCUCAACACGUUGGUGCCUUCUCAGUAGAGAAAUAUGACGACAUCAGGAAAUAUUUAAUAAAGGCCUGUGACACUCCUCUGCACCCCUUGGGCCGGCUCGUGGAGACGCUGGUUGCAGUGUACAGAAUGACAUAUGUGGGUGUGGGCGCCAACCGCAGGCUGUUGCAGGAGGCUGUGAAGGAGAUUAAGUCCUACCUUAAGCGAAUUUUCCAGCUGGUCAAGUUUUUAUUUCCUGAGCUCCCUGAAGAGGGCAGCACAAUUCCUCUCUCUGCUCCUCUACCAUCUGAAAGGAAACCCUUUUGCACUGGGAUGUCCGAUUCCAGAUCCGAAUCUCCAGAGCCCGGUUACGUGGUAACAAGUUCGGGGUUACUGCUUCCUGUGCUCCUACCUCGGCUGUACCCACCACUGUUCAUGCUGUAUGCCCUGGAUAACGACCGCGAGGAAGACAUUUACUGGGAGUGUGUUCUGCGACUAAAUAAGCAGCCAGAUAUUGCUCUUCUGGGCUUCCUUGGGGUACAAAGGAAAUUUUGGCCAGUGACCUUGUUAAUCCUUGGAGAGACUAAAAAGGUUUUGCCAACCACAAAAGAUGCUUGUUUUGCCUCAGCUGUAGAAUGUCUACAGCAGAUCAGCACAACAUUUACUCCAUCGGACAAACUUAAAGUCAUCCAGCAGACAUUCGAAGAGAUCUCACAGAGUGUCCUGGCAUCACUGCAGGAAGACUUCUUGUGGUCCAUGGACGACUUGUUUCCUGUUUUCUUAUACGUGGUGCUGCGGGCCAGGAUUAGGAAUUUGGGCUCUGAGGUGCAUCUCAUUGAGGAUCUGAUGGACCCGUAUCUUCAGCAUGGGGAACAGGGCAUAAUGUUCACCACCCUGAAGGCAUGUUACUACCAGAUCCAGCGUGAGAAGCUUAACUAGGCUGCAUAACAGCUUGACAACUGGAUUAUCUAUACUGAGUGUUACAGCACCAUCUGGCAUCUUCCCGUAGUGGCAAAAAAGGAUGGUCUUGAAAUUAGGAUGUUGUGUUACUUUGGUGGUUUUUUUCUGAACCUUACUAAUGAUCAGAGCCCCGAGCCCAGAAGAAAAGACCAUGCAAUUUAAAGGGAGAGUUGAGAAAAAUGUAGAAAUCAGAAUCGACUGGUUCCUGGCCAAUAAAAAGUUUUUAAAAUACCAUACACCUACUGUUUGAAAAAAAGAGGAUAUCUCUUCCUUUAGUAAAGGUUAUGCCAGAUUCAUGGCGUUGCAAGAAAAGUUCUCAGUAUAGCUUCUACAUUAUAGAAGAUAAUGGAGAAUUUGGAGUGUCCGGCGUGCCUGCAGUUACCCCAGACCCCUUUGCAAGGAGCAGAUUGCACUUGAAACUGUGGUAAGCACACUAUGCCUUCCUGAAUCCUGUGCAGUCAUGUGUGCAUCGUGCUUCUUUGCUGAGAGAGAGGAAAGAGAACUUUUGAACAGUUUUAACUUUUUCUAAGCUUUUCCACCAUGGUAUUCAUCUGGGAGACAUUUGAUAUAGUGACCAGCAAACCACAACCCCAAACACGGAAUGCAUCUAAAUAGGAGUAUUCUGCCUCCUGAGUAAAAAAGAACAUAGGAAUUUUCUUCUACAGAGUGAUUACACUGGAAUUUAGAUACUGACUCUGCACUGCUGUGGAUCCUCAUUUGUUCAUGUGCAAACGCCGUGUCCCAGGCCUGUGAAGAGAGCCUGAAGAGCUUUUGCAUGCGGCUGUGUUUCGGAGCAGGACAAAAGACUAGGAGAUGGGGAAGCGAAGAACUGCAUCCCUCCUACAUCCUACCUAGGGUUGGGGCUCUUCCCUGUACCUCGCAUUAAAUUCACAGAGGGGAAGAAAAAGGAAACAAGCUUUGGCUUUUCCUGUCUCAAAAGUAUUAUGACACUUCAAUGUUAUAGUGUUUGUUUUUUUUAUGUCUGAUUGUAAGUGGUUGGUUUAUACUGUGUAAGUAACACUAGUAGCUGUUCUGAAUAACAUAGGUGCUCUUCCUCAUCUCAUCUUCACAAAUGGUGAGCGUAUGGAGUAUCCUCCUAAUUUACUAACAUCAGCAGAUGUUAAUUUGGAAAAAGGAUCAUGGUUUCUGCUCUACUUUAUAAUCAAGACAAAUGUUUAUUAAAAUAUUGUUUUGGAAUGCUGGCUAUAAUGUAAUGGCAAUUUUCAUAAUAAAAGACAUUGAUCUUUAUGAGGUUGUUUUGAUUACAAGAGAGAUGGCACAGAGCAGCCUAAAAAUGUAAAAGAAAUCCAGGCUUAGUAUUUUUGCUUACAUUGUAAUCCAUGCCUCUUUGUAUUGGCCUCAGAGGAUCCUUUAGGAUUUUAGACAUCUCUUUUUAGAAUAAA